ACACAAGGCCUCCAGACUCCUCCUGGGAUAACUUGUCCACACAUCUUCCACUAGGGUAAGGCUACUUCUGGCUGAAGAGACACUUGGAUGUAGCUCAAGUCCUGCUAAGGCAGUACUGAUCUCUCCUCUUGUCUCUUCCCAGGGAGCUGAAAAGCCAGAUUCGACCUGGUAGCCAAGCAAUGUCACAGCAGAAGCAGCAAUCUUGGAAGCCUCCAAAUGUUGCUAAAUGCUCCCCUCCCCAAAGAUCAAACCCCUGCCUGGCUCCCUGCUCGACUCCUUGUGGUGCUCCCCAUUCAGAAGGCUGUCAUUCCAGUUCCCAAAGGCCUGAGGUUCAGAAGCCCAGGAGGGCUCGUCGAAAGCCGCGCUGCCUAAGUGGGGGCACAACCUACCACUGCAAAGAGGAAGAGUGUGAAGGCGACUGAGCCCAGAAGAGUUGAGGCACAGGUGCAGUUGCUCUUUCCCUACCCCCACUUUGGGUAUAUGUAAUUUCCCCUUGGAAAGCCAGGCCCUCAACCUCUCAUUUGGGCUGAGAAACACUUCCUGAUCCCCAGCUCCAGAGAGGCGAGAACUAGGCUGAGCCACGCUGCUGCUGCUCUCGUCCACUUGCCCCUUCAGCACAGCAACAAUAAAGCUGCUUUACUUGGA